ACUCCAUAAGCCCUUAUUAUCAAGAGGUCUGCUGAUACUUACACCAAACUCUGACAUCGUUAUCAUCUCUCUUCUCUCAUCAACACUAUGGCCACGAAGACGCUGGAGUCCCGCUUUGAACACUUGUCCGUAAAGGACGAAAAUGAGAUCGGCGGAGGAAAUUAUGGUAAACAUAAGGGUUCGCUCUCGACAGCUGUGUCUCUUUCCGGUCUCGGGGCGGCAGCACAAUUGAACUCAAACCGUCCAAACUUGUUAAAGCUGGCUCUACACAAUACAAACGACGCCAGAGUAAACGCAAUAAGCACUAGCUCUUCACCCCUUAAAGGAUCCCAAGCAACAUCAUCGGCUACCGGGUCUCGUCAUGCAGGGGAGAAUGGAGAACAACGCCUAUCCACGCCGCUCUACGAACAGCCUCUGGCCCCGAAAAAGCUUCACCUUGGCAUGUUUGAAAUUGGCAAACCUCUGGGCAAAGGAAAAUUUGGCAGGGUCUAUCUGGCUAAGGAGCGAUCUUCCGGCUUUGUCUGUGCCCUCAAAGUUCUACACAAGUCGGAGCUGCAGCAGGGAGGAGUGCAGAAGCAAGUUAGGCGUGAGAUAGAGAUACAAAGCAACCUACGCCAUCCGAACGUCCUGAGACUCUAUGGUCACUUUCACGAUAGCAAGCGGAUCUUCUUAAUCUUGGAAUACGCAGGCCGAGGCGAACUGUACAAGCACCUUCGGAAAGAAAAUCGGUUUCCGGAGUGGAAGGCAGCUCAAUACAUUGCCCAAAUGGCCGCAGCACUGAAAUAUUUGCACAAGAAACAUGUUAUGCAUCGCGACAUUAAGCCAGAGAAUAUUCUCGUUGGAAUUCACGGCGAAAUCAAGAUCAGUGACUUUGGAUGGAGCGUUCACGCUCCAAAUAACAGAAGGCAGACGAUGUGCGGAACACUAGACUACUUGCCCCCUGAGAUGCUGAAGACUGGAUCCCAGGAUAACUACUAUAAUGAGAAGGUCGACUUGUGGAGUUUAGGAGUUUUGAUGUACGAAUUUUUGGUUGGAGAAGCGCCUUUCGAAGAUACACCAGUGAUGACGCAAAGACGGAUUACCAGAGCAGACAUGACAAUUCCAUCUUUCGUAAGUCCUGAGGCUAAAGAUUUGAUAAAAAGGUUGCUCGUACUUGACCCCGAAAAGCGGAUUCCGCUUGAUGAUAUCCAGAGGCACCCUUGGAUUUUAAAGCACUGUAUGAAAGAUGACAGAGUGAAAAACAAUUCUGCCUCUUCAAAAGAUGGAAGACCCUGACACGAAUGCUCGCACGUCUUAUCUUCCGAUUAAUUUUUCUUCUCUGUCAGUUUUAUAUGGUGUUCUGGAGUAUCUGACCUAGGAGUUUGGGUUUGCUGUGGAGUAUUAAUUGCUACUCAGAAGCGAAGCGUUCAUUUGGGGCAUACUAUUAUAGCAUUGAAGACAUGUGAUAAUCAGAUACAAUUCUUCC